CACGGGGGCGGACGGACUUUCUGUGCGGACUCCAACAUUACGUAGUGACAGUUCUAGUGUUUAGUGGAGUGAAGUGUUUGUGCGAUAUGCUGACAUGAAAAGCGACCCACAUCUCGUAUGGAUAAUGUGUGACUUUGUGUGAGCACACGACCAAGAUGGCUGCCCACUGGCCCAGAGGCGUCGUCGGUUUCGUCAUUCUACUGUGGAUUACAAAUACAAUAGCACUAAGAGAUGUGCAGAUGGUCGCACCGUCAGCAGUGAAGUUGGGAGACACUGUGCUCCUGAGUUGUAAAUGGACGUUGGAGGGGAAUGAGACGCUAUACAGUGUCAAGUGGUACCGGGGGAGACAAGAGUUCUUUAGCUACUUGCCUAAGGAGUACCCGUUUACUCGCAUCUUCGCGCAGCCGGGAAUUGAUGUUGAUGUGUCGAGGUCCACGUCACAACAAGUGGUGCUACGGGACGCGACGCGGGCCCUCGCGGGUCGCUUCCGAUGCGAGGUGUCGGCCGACGCACCGUCGUUUCACACGCAAGUCCGCUCAGCUUACAUACAUGUUGUCGAACUACCACCAGAUAAGCCGAAGAUCAAGGCCGAAAAGGGAUGGUAUGCUUCCGGGGACUCGCUGCGGGCACAGUGCACCUCGCCCCCCGCAGACCCCCCCGCUAACCUCACCUGGCUGCUGAAUGGAAGAGACAUCCAAGGCAAGCCAAUCAUCCAGCAGCGCAUCCUGCCAAGUCCAGCCGUGUCCAUCGAGCUGCCCCGCCACACGCCGGCUCCGGGCGACGAGAACACCAACAUCAUAUUCAGCCCGUGGAAAGCGUUUGGGCCUUUCGUUGAUACUAUCCAGGAUGGUGCUAUUCUACCCAGUCAAGACUCAGUAGUAUUUCCUACGCCAAGAAGUAGCGAGGUGGUCACAGAUGAAGAUGUCACGGAUCCUACUCCAACUGUUGGAUCUUCUAAAAAGGUGGCGUCAAUAAGCCAGCUGUCGUUCAUGGUGCGUCCUGACAGCUUCGAGCGCGGACAGCUGCGGCUGACGUGCAUCUCGUCCGUGCACGCCGUGUACAGCGAGCAGGCGGAGCUCGUCAUCAAUGAGGAGCGGCCACAGAUCGCCUCCGUGCUAGGCACCAGGGACGCCGCAGGGAUGCUGCAGGUGCGUCCCAUUGAGAAGAAGAGGUCUUUAUGGCAACAACGUAAAGACAAAUAA